GUCCUCUCAUCGCCCCGAGCGGCCUGUGUUCGCUUCUUCUUACUGACUGUGUAAGAAGUCCGUGGAUCGAGAGGGGCUAAAGGGGCGCCCUCCCCUGGCUGACAUAGAGCACAGACCUACUUUCAGUGCACGCCCUCCUCUGUGUCGUCCAAGUGUGUGUAGUUCACACAUGUACGUUUCACGGAAUAUUUCUCGCACUGUUGGAUACCGUGUAUUAUCUUGACGUCUCUAAAUAACGCCCGCUGUUGCUGUAACGGGGUGUAGUGUUGUAGUGUGUUGUGUGUUUGGAGACGAACUGGAAUGUCUAAGGUGGUGACCUUCGACCUCAUCCUGCUCUUUUACUGCUGUUUAAAUGUUUAAGUUCACUGACUGCGAGGAAAGAUACGAAGCGUCGUUUGCUGUCAGGACAUUGCUGCUCCUAUUCAAGGAUAUGCUAUUGCCACUGUAUACUGUAUGUUUUGAAAAAAAGUUCUGCUACUAAAUCUAAUGAUGAACUGAUGAUAACAUUAUUGCAUCAACGGAGAACUGAAUAGUCUAGCUAUCUUCUGACAUUUCUUAACUCAACAAGUGGAUAGAUUCUGACACAGCGGUUUGACUGAGCAGGUAGAACUUCCGCUCUCCAUGGGAGGACACGCCCCCAGGGCACUUCUGAUGGACACUUGCGCGCAUGCGCGACGCUGAUUGGUCUUGUAGGUUUGCUGUUCUAGCUGUUGAAGACGAUAGGCAUGGCGUCGGAUGAACGAGGUGGUGGCGAACGUGCUGCAGUACAAGACCAAGAUUGACCAGCUCAAACAGGAGAGCGCGAGCAUGAAGACAACCUAUGAGAAUAACCUACAGAAGUAUUGUAACCACCUGAGCACGCUGGAGAGAGACAACGUGAUGCUAAUGAACCAGGUCAAGAAAAUGGAAGCCCAGACACUCCGUGAGGAAUGCCUCAAACUUCAAAGCCGUGUCAAAGACCUGGAACUGCAGAACAAACACCUGAAUAUUUUGUUUCACCAACGGGUCCGCUUCACCUCCGACUCUGUACUUCAGGUGCAGCACACACACGUCUGUCACUCGAGUGCAGCAUCUGGCACGACAGGGGCAGUGAGUAUGCCACACGGGGAGAUGACUGUGCACUUUCUGGACAAUGCCGAGUCAUUACAGAGCAUGUGCAGUGAGAUUAUGAUCGACGACAGUCCUGGCAAGCCACAGCUUAGCUCCCCUCCACCGUGGCUGAAAGAGAAGCUGGCCGUGAGUCCUGGACGUACCCGGGAGGUCAGUGCCAGCUCAUCCAGUUCCUCCAGCACAACCAGCCCAUCAGUGUCAGACAUGAAGGAGCAGAUCAUUCAGAUGAAGAUUGAGACAGAGUUCCCAGCAACUAACACCAGCCCCAAGGUGAAACACAUCAGUAUCAGCGAACGGCGUACAAGGAGCCUAGAGCGUGGCAUGUCUAGCCUCAUGAGCCAUGUGAGAAAGGCUGAACAUGGCGCGGUGCGAGGUAGGAGAGGCUCUGAGACUCAAGACAGGAGUCACGCAUCCAGGCCGAGACUGAAACAAUCUGCGUCUGUUGAUGCAAUUGGUCAAAUGGAAAGUGCAGAAAGCUUUAAUCCAUGGCAGCUCGGCAAUGGGGUGGCCAACACACCUCAUGCAGUGGACCUGAACACGACCUGGAAUGGCACAGACUCCGCUUUAUUACCUCACACAGAUCCAAACCAUUCCAGCUUUGAAGCAUUCAACAAAGACUUUGCAAAACUUCUCUCGAAACAUUCUGUUGAGGAUAAUAUCACCUCCACUCCUCAGACUCCUCGUAAUGUUGAUAUUAAAAAAAAAGACAAAUCAAAACUUUCCUCUCCUCCAAGAACCAAUCCUCCAAAUUCUCAGUCUUCCCGACGCAUACCUCAGCACACUUCUAAAAACUAUGCAAAUGUAACUCCGGCUCUCAGGAAUCCCUUUGCAGAAACAAGUCCCACCCCCAAGUCCCCCUCUCAUGCUUCCAGUCAGUAUUACUACUAUGAUUACAGUGAUGAGGACAGUGACUCGAGACCAGUGUCUCGAGACUUUAGCACCGCCUCCACCAUGUCACUCAAUGAGUUGCUCGAUAGUAGUAUGGAAGGCGAGGUUGCCAUUGAUGAUGAUUUCUUCUCAGACUGGUCCUCAGUACGUUUGUCUCCGCAAAAAAGAUUGGACAACCUUUCGGGGCAAGCUAUUUCUAACAAAGCCCUCGAGGCAAGCAACAAAGCUGGUCACUCAACGUCUUCCUCAAGUUCAAGGUCAACGUCAUCCUCUCCAGACGCCUCUGGCAUACCAUUGCUUCAGGGCUCGUUUUACGAGAAAGGUGACCACUCCAAGUAUGGACCACCAUUCUCCCGAAGUGGGUUUGCUGACACCAAGGGAGUCAACCCCUCAGCUCAGAAAGGUGUGGUUGAGAAAGCCACAGUUAGAAAUCUAGUGCCAUUGAAGAGUAGAUCCCAACAGACGAAGUCAAAAAUAGCAUUGACUUCUGCCACCUCUCCCCCUGUGAGGCCCAAUGCCACAGUUGUGUCAGCUGAGGUUCACGCAGAUGUGACGGGUCACUGUCAACACUCGUCAUCUCCAUCUCCGAACUUGAGCCAAAAGUCCCAGGACCUUGGCUAUGCUAGCAAAGGAAGUUUGUCUCAGUCCUCCCCAUCACCAUCUCCCUCGAUGCCCCACCGCCCGGCCCCACCCUGGCUGCACAACUCCGGUGUUUCUCUCGCUGACAUGAGAACGUCGCCGCAUAUGAUUGCAUCACCUGACUCUCCGUCAAGCAGUAGCAGCACAUCCAGUUCAACUCGUCUCGUCCGGCCUGGUCAACUUGGUGUGAGCAAGUCCUCCACCCAGCGAGGGGUCAGCGCUCCUCAUGCCACUGGUCACUCGGACAGUAAAUCUUCCCCAGAAGUGGUAGGUGGCAGAGGGGGUCCAGGGUCAAGGUCAUUGACUGUGGAGAGGAGGUCAGAACGUGCACCUCAGUUGCCAACAUCUGAAAACAGCAAAAAGAGUUUACCUUUAAGCAAAGGCAGUGGUGAUACCCAGUCGAAGAGCGCUUCCAAAAUCCCGCCUCCAAUCGCAAAGAAACCAAGUAAGGCUGCAAAGGGGGACUCUGGUCAGACUGAAGAUCAAGAAUCAGCAUCAGAGUUUCCAGGGCCAGGCAAUACUGAUGUCAUAGUGGGAUAUUUGCUGCAGAGUCAUUUGCCCCAAGUGCCACUGAGCACCAAUGCCCUUGAUGAUGUAGUAAGACUGUCACUAAAAGACACUGGUGACUUUAAGUCCCGCACUCGUUCAGACAGCAUCGGAACAUCUUUGCCCCCUAAAUGUCAUUCAUCUGACUCAAGUUGUGAAAACUUGAGUACUGAACGGUCUGUGGGAAAAGAUGAUGGAUAUUCCACAAUGUCUUCAGACAUCCAUCCAGAGAUUCUGGACAAGUUUGGUGACAGCUUGUGUCGUAAACUUUCUGAGACUGACUCUGAACCGCCUUUCUCAGAAUCCCUUCUGGGUACUUUAAGAGAUGCAAAAACCCAGAGCCCAGUCACCCCAAGAGGCGUAAAUGAUGACUCUGUCUUAGAGGGCUCUGUGUUCUGUACACCUGAAGCAGAUGUCAGUCUGUCCUCAGUGGUCUCUACAUCCAGUGGAGACUUGUCUGGGACCUAUGCGUCCGCUGCCAGUGUGGCCACAGCAGGGAAUGUUGACUGCGAAAAUGCGACUCUGACAAAAUCACCAGUGCCUUCUGCUGACGACAGCUGUGAGCAAAUGCCGUGUGCUGGACUUUCAAAGGGCAGAUGUCGCAGUGCAAGUGUUUCAUCGUCUGCCUCUUCUGAGCAAGGAAAAUCUGCUCAACCCUCAAGACUUCCUUGGAUGUCUCGGCGACAUUCAGAUGACUUCAGUUUACAACAAACUCGUGGAGGGUCAUUGCCUUCUCCCCGGUCAUCAACAUCUUCGCUUGACUGCUCCAGGCCAAGGUCACCCAGCAAACGCUCAUCCUUCCCCGGCAGUGCCAUACCCGUGCCGUGCACCAGUCCCAGGUCUCCAAAAGCCAAAGCACCAUCAUCCACAUCCAAAGCCACGACCACUAAGGCAGUUCCUGAUUCACCAAACCGGCUUCCUAAAGGAUAUUUCUGUGGCUCAACAACUGUGAAAAGCUCACCCCGUGACCCAACCAAACCACCAACAGGCCGUGCACUACAAAGCAAGGGGAGAAAAGAGGCAUCAAAGACAGCAGUAUUAAGCUCCAUGCAAAAAGGAACACAAAAAAAACUUUGGGGCAGAAGGCAAAAGGCGGACAGCUGUGAGAGCCAUACAGCCCAGGACAGAGGAAAGAACAGCAACAGUCUCAAUGUAGAGAAGGAAUCUUUGCAAAGUGACCAAAUAAAUGAAUUUCUCAGUUCCACUGAAACUGCAUCCCACAACACACCAGCAUUUGGCACCUCAAAUCCCAAGACCUCCUGUCAAAACUCAGAAGGUCCAAAGUCUUCGCUGAAUGCUCCUCUGAGGUCUAUGAUCAUCAUGAACAAUGAGGCAUUUCGGCAGUUCUCCUCUGACUCAGAUAUUUCAGGAGAUGAAAGUUGUGUGUCAAAAGUGACUGUCAAUUGUGGUGCUAAGCUAGUUGAGCAGAGUAAGAAUGUCGAUGCUAGUGAAAGUGAGCUCAGACUCAACACUUCAGGAGAAUAUCAAUCUCUAGAGACAAGCAGCUCCCAUGCUGCCCCGUCUCAAACAAGGGAAUUAUCACCAUCAUUUCCUGUAAAUGAACAAGGAACAAAUUCUUUUUAUCCCGAGCCCAGAUUUGUGGGCAAUGACCUUCCACUACCCCAUCAGCAGACACUCUGUGAUCCGCACACUUUCGCAUCUGGGUCUUUAAAAACGUCAUCUCCCUUUUCGUCUUGUCAUGAUCUUGCGCAAGAAGGUCAGGACUCUUUUCGCCUUCGGAGAUGUCGCUCAGAGCAAAAUCUGUGCCUGGGGAGACAAGUAAGCCCUGGCUCUCAACAGACAUGGAUACAUUCCCAGGGAAGCAAUCCCCAUACACUGCGGGCUACAUCAUCUUUAGAGGAGAUCAGGUCUCCCCUAAGCUCCAGACCAUCUGUUGAUGACUGGUGGCACAACGCACACAGAUCAGCUAAUGUCUCACCAGCUUUCAAGCACUUCCUGAUCACAGCCAAUGAGGAGGACUCACACACUGCACCAUGCUUCCUCCCAAUGUUCCGGCCUCAUAUCACGCAUCAUGGCUACCCGGGGUACUCGCGGUCUCUCCGUCUCAACCUCUCAGAUGUCACGGAGCUGGACGAGGAGACUUCUGUCGGAUCUUUGGUCGACCUCACAGGGGACGAGAGCCCAAGGCUAUCUGUUGAGGAGCAGAAACAGUUCAAAAGCCAGUUCUAUAGUCUGUGUAAAGUGGACUCCCACCGGAGCCUGUUGUCUGCCGGCAGUCGGGACAGACAAUCCUUUACUAGCCUCACUGAACUUCUGAGUAACAAAAGUUUCGACACAUUGGGAAGUGGUGCGGAGAAUGAGGCUGAGGUCGGGGAACAAAGGAAGCAGAGUUCCGGAGAAGAUGAGAAAGACGAAGCGGCUCUCCGAGAAUUUGAUGAGAUCUCCAAGCAAAUAGCUAGUUUGUCUCAGACUGUCGAUGCUCUCAAUCUAAGUUUGUGUAGUCUUAACAGCGGGGAGCACGAGUCAUCUGCAGUAGGAGGAACUGACCCAGUGCCUUACCUUGUGGUGCAGAAUGCCACCAAGUCUGGCUCCACAGAUGAAUAUCACUGGCUGGAUGAUGAAUUUUUCGUGGCCUCAUUCAAUGGAAAGACAUCUGUGCUGCCAGGAAAUGAAAAUUUCGUAGAAGCUUCCAGCCAAAGAGACUCUCCAGGGGACGUGAAAUUUCGACAUUCUGGUGUUUCUCCUGCUAUGGGAGAGAACUCUCCCUUGUGCUCGCCAGACUUUGGAAGUCACAAAAGAGACACCUGGCCACUGGCAGACACAGAAGGCCUUCGUCAUGGUGAACGGUCGUCGUUCAUAUUUCGUCCUGACGGUCAGAACUGGAGUUUGUCAAAAACAGUCAGUCCAGAGAAGCAUGUGUCUGCACCAGUCCUUGAUGGACAGCAGGACCCACAGCUCCGCAGAUGGAUUGACGGACGGCAGGAUGGGGAAAAAGAAGAAGCCAUCGGAGGAGCAAAUUGUGGAGAACAUAUGAAGCCCAAUGACCUUGACCUGUUUGCAGCAUCCAGUGAGGAGAGCGAUGACAGUCUGGCAAGUGACAUUGGUCUGGAUCACAUGAUAUGCCAGAGACUCUUUGGACGCAAAGGUCACGCGGGUCCUUCCAUGGGACAAGUCUGGCUUCCCGGAGGGACCCACCUGCACUCCCACAACCUGAUGAUGAGCCUUGUCCAGAGGUCUGCAGCCGCUCAGCUCUUGGUCAGUCAAAGACUGGACACAUCCUCCCUGGGGGCUGAACAAGAAGUGGGCACGACCUGGGACAGUGCAAUGGGUUGUGGCAGCAUCAUGAAGUCACCAACGGGGAGCUCUCGGACUGAGCCCAAACAAAAGUCCUGUCCUGUUGGGCGUGUCUCUCCCGGAAAUGCUGAGCAAGGAGAAGAUGGGCCAACGAGUUCAAAUUCACUGAGGACUCAUAUGCCAAAGCAAGAGGACAGUAGCCUGUAUGUGCAAGGUCAAAAUUCUUGUAAGAGCCUUGACCGAGAGACUGCUGACCGGACAACGGCCAUGGUGUGUCAUGAUUCCUUGCCCACGUCCACAGAAGGAGUACAGGAGGACUUUGCUGCUCAGAGGUCAAGAAUACCGUCAAUGGGUUGUGGAAGACAGAGAGCAGGUAACAAGUCAAAACAGAACUUUGACCUUACAUCAUACUCUGAUUUUGUCAAAGAACUGAAAACUUCUGGAGCUAAGCUCAGCGGUUCUACAGUCCCACCUAGACGGCCGAUCGUAACCAAUGGAAGUCUUCGCUUCCACAAGGCAAAUAAGCUACCUGUGAGACCGACGUCUCUACCAUGUAAGACUGACAAGAGAUUCCUUCAGUUUCCCCAAAGAGACAGCAACCCUUAUGAGAACACACUGGACCCCCAAGGUCCCUCAUCAGAAGCUACCUUGACCAAACCAUUAACGUCUUCACAACCCAACUGCGUUCUUCCAACAGUGCACGUGAUAACUAAUCCCCCUCACCGACCACAUAGCGCCAGUGUUGCAGGUACCAACUUCCCUGUCUCUCCAGGUAGAGAAGGUUCUCCUGCCAUGUCCCCACCACCUUUGCCCCCCAGACAGCCACUCAUCACACACACACAGGACGGUCGGCCACAGGUCAUGAUCCGACCACACAAUGUGAGAAGUCCAACUGGCGAUAGCCGUGGUGAGACUGUGCGUCCUCAGUCCUUCAACCAGUAUCUUAUAGACAAGUCUAAAGCGGAGCUCUCAUCUUCCGUGACACCAGAUGGCGAGGUGGAUUUUGAAAGAAUUCGACAUUGUUCAGACUCUGGUCCCCCAGCUAACAGUGAGUCCCAGGUGUUCCAGGUACAAGGUGACCUUCAGUCAAGAAAUCAAAAGAAAUCUGUGGAAAAGUCAAAAGUUGAGAGGCCGUUGUCAUGGAUUCCUCGUCGUAAGCGUCUCAGCAAACGAGAUCGGUCAAAACGACUCCGUGAAGGAGAGCGCUCGUUGAAAGACACCUCAGGCAAACGAGGGUCACGAGGAACGCGACUUUGGUGUGACCUUGACCUCAGUGAUGAUGGAAACUCGGCGAGUGACUCAUCCAGGGAGGCAGAUUGUUCUUCGUAAUGAUGACUGCCUUCUGUGUAAAGUUUGAAUAUAUAACAAUGACUGACGUAAUUUAUUUGACAGAGAGAAAUUUGCUUUUGUUGUCUCUCUCUCUCUCUCUUUUUUUUCCUCUCUCUAUUUUCUUUCCUAUUUCUCUCUCUCCAUAUCUCUCUGCAUGUCACUCUCAAUGUUGAGAGAGUUGGCAAAGACAUAUAUGUGCUCAGGGGAGUGGAAGGAGAGGGGUUAAUCCUUACAAGAUUGUGAAGAUACAGGUACUAUUGUCAAUACCAGUAAAUACACAAAUAAUCAAGAGGAGCCAGAAGAGUGGUUUAUGGCUAUGUGAUUGGCCUUAUGGGUCUCCAAAGGUAUACCAUUUGGGGCUUGAUUAGAUGCACGGUAGGGGAACGGUGGGGGUAGGUAUGUUUUCACUGUUCGGGUAGUCUAGCAGAGGAAGGCAGAAGACAGAAAUAGCUUUGGUGCCAUCUGUUAACGACUUCUGCCAGACGGCCUCCAUAUUAGGUUCAAUGUCAGCCAUAUUUAUUUCUCAUCUUGCAUGUCCAUGAUCAUGAUUUCAUGAAGUUCUGCUUAUAUGGGGGUUACUUUAUGUUUUUGUUUCAGACAGAUAAAGCCUCAAGAUUUGUGCAGUUAUUCAUUUUUUAUAUCCUUUGAAAUGCAAUGUGCAUUAUUUAGGGAUUAGACCCUGAAGUGACGACUGUAUUGUUUGGCCGUGAUUGAAAGUUUAAUACGUACAGUGAUUUUAAAAUGAAGAUAUCAAGCUGUAAUAAUGAAAUUAAAAGGUUGGCAAACUUUUGUUUUAAUUGCUCGAAUGCAAAAAUGGUCUAGAUGAUCGUGGAUACAGUCGAGAUGCAAAGCAGGUGCAACUUGCAGCUACUUGAGACACAACGACCAGAAAACCUUUUGUUUAUACUUUCACCAUGGAAGACUGUUGAUUUAAUGUAUAUCUACCCAAAAGAAUAUUAAAAUAUAAACCCUACAUAAA